AUGGGUAUCAUGGGCGACCAUAUGUGCAGCGACCAGAUGGACGUCUGCGGCGCCUUGUGCGGAGGAAAGGCCAAAACCAACACAUGCGCCUCCAACAACGAGGGCUACGAUAAUGCCUUCCAGAGCUACACAUACUGCUUCAGUUGCAUGUGCGAAAACGGCAGAUACCCCGAGGACUGGAGCAGCUACCAAGACACUGUCGACACCGUCUCAUGCCGUCGGGCACGUCAAACUGCGGAAACGAUUGGAGUCAAUUCGGCGAGACCUCCGCGAGAUCGACAAACCAGACAUCGGUUGCGACUUUGUCGCGACCUUGUCGGCCUCCGUUACCAGCGCAGACGCGACGAAAUCUACCAGGGCCGGCGCGCCAGUCCCUACUUCUGGGGCGGGACCUGA